AUGGCAGCCACAACAGACCCUACAACAAAUCUCGCCAGCGAGUCCGAAAAGGGAAACCAGCAACCUCUCAAGAUGGAACCUUUAGACUCGAAUGCUCCCCCCAAGUACGAGCACGACUCAGCAUCCGGCUCAGACGGCGAAGUCCCCAAGGGCGAGACAAGCGACGAGAUCGGCAACAUCUUCGAGGGUCAGGAUGGAAAAAGCUACAGGACCAUGACCCGCUGGGGUACAAUCUUUGCUCUUCUCACCAACCAAUUCGGUAUCGGCGCCCUCGGUCUUCCCAGCGCUUUUGCAACUCUCGGUCUCGUCCCCGCCCUCAUCACCCUCUUUGGCUCUGCCCUCUUGGCUUGGUACACUGGCUUCGAGCUGUACCGCUACUCCAUCUUGCAUCCUCAGUGCGUGCACAUCAUUGAUCUUGCCAAAGCUGCUGGUGGCCGAACAUGGCAAGUCAUUGUGGCCAUCGGAUUCCUUAUCCAAGUCAUCAUGUUCUGCUCUUCUGCCAUUGUCACCAUCUCAAUUGCUUUCAAUACCAUGACUGAGCAUGCCAUCUGCACCGUCAGCUUCAUGGCUGUCGCCGCUGUCAUCUCGUUCAUCCUCUGUGUGCCCCGUACCGUCAAGUUCAUCUCUCGUAGCGGUCCUCCCACCGUCGUCAGUCUUGUCGGAGCGGUUCUUAUCGUCAUGAUCAGUCUUGGUUUCGCCGAUCCCGUCAAGGCCCCCGAGAACUGGACACCCACCAUCAAGGCAUUCAACAACCCUGGAUUCCGCAACAUCUUCAACGCCGUGCUAAAGAUUGUCUUCGCAUACGCUGGUAACCACUCCUACGUUUCCUACAUGGCUGAGAUGAAGGACCCCAAGAAGGAUUUCCCCUUCUCUCUCACAUGGUUGAUCACCCUUACCACGGCUUUCUACACCAUGCUCGCCACCGGUAUUUACUGUCUCGCCGGCGAGUACACGACUUCCCCAGCUCUUGGCUCGGCUCCUCACAUCUACGCCAAGGCCGCCUACGGCGUUGUUCUUCCUGCUAUCCUGACCGGUGCCCUUGCCAAUGGCCACGUCGGUGUCAAGUACAUGUUCAUUGUCUGCAUGAAGCAGAUGAAGGCCACCGGUGAAAUUACCUCCAACACCGUUCGAUCUUGGGCCGCCUGGAUGAUCUGCACUACCAUUUUCUGGAUUAUUGCUUUCAUCCUUGCCAACGCUAUCCCUAUUUUCGAUUCGAUCGUCUCAAUCCAGUCCGCCACCACCUACGCCUGGUUCUCCUUCGGUAUGAGUGGUGUCUUCUACCUCGUCUCCCGCAAGGGUACGCACUUCAAUGGUGCAAAGAACAUUGCCUUUUUCGUUCUCAACUGUGGCAUCAUCCUCUUUGCCUUCUUCCUCAAUGGUGCCGGUCUUUGGGCUUCAUUGACUGAAAUGCUUGAGAUUUUUGCUACCGGCGAUAAUGUCAACGGUACUUUCAGCUGUGGAGAUAACUCCGCGUUGUAA